AUGGGCAUGUCCAUUUCCAAGCUGCUUUCCGGCCUCUUUGGCAAGAAGGAGAUGCGUAUCCUCAUGGUCGGUCUCGACGCCGCCGGUAAGACCACUAUCCUCUACAAGCUGAAGCUCGGUGAGAUCGUCACCACCAUCCCUACCAUCGGCUUCAACGUCGAGACGGUCGAGUACAAGAACAUCUCGUUCACCGUCUGGGACGUCGGAGGACAGGACAAGAUCCGCCCCCUCUGGAGGCACUACUUCCAAAACACGCACGGCAUCAUCUUCGUCGUUGACUCCAACGACCGGGAGCGUGUUUCCGAGGCGCGGGAGGAGCUGCAGCGCAUGCUCAACGAGGACGAGCUGCGCGACGCGCUGCUGCUCGUGUUCGCCAACAAGCAGGAUCUGCCAAACGCCAUGAACGCCGCCGAGAUCACCGACAAGCUCGGCCUGCACAGCCUCAGGCAACGACAAUGGUUCAUCCAGGCCACCUGCGCCACGAGCGGAGACGGUCUCUACGAGGGUCUCGAAUGGCUGAGCACCAACCUCAAGCGCCGGGCUUAG